AUAGUUAAUCUUCUCCGCGGUGCUAAAAUAUAAUAAAGCAAAAGUAACAAAGUUGGAGACAAAGCGCCGGUCUUCAGAGCCGCAGCGGUGUAAAGACAAGGAAGCCACAAGGAAACGCGUUUUGUGCCGCUAUGGACUCUGCAAAGUUUUUCAGGAAACUCUGGUGCAUGCGCCAACAGCUCAUUCUGAUCCUCGCGCCGCUGCUGUUGCUACCUGUGCUGUUCGUUGUGCCGCCAAAGGAGGGAAAAUGUUUGUAUGUAGUGUUGCUGAUGGCAUUGUACUGGUGCACUGAAGCGCUCCCACUGGCAGUGACUGCCAUGCUUCCCGUGUGCCUCUUCCCCACUAUGGGAAUCCUACCUUCUAAGAAGGUAUGUCCGCAGUAUUUCCUUGAGACUAAUUUCCUGUUCCUGAGCGGCUUAGUGAUGGCAUCUGCUAUAGAGGAGUGGGGUCUCCAUCGCCGCAUUGCCCUGAAAGUGCUGAAGAUUGUGGGAGUGAAACCGGCAUGGCUGAUUUUAGGGAUGAUGGUCACUUCCUCUUUUCUGUCAAUGUGGUUGAGUAAUACAGCCACAACAGCCAUGAUGCUUCCCAUUGCUAAUGCCAUACUGGAAAGUCUGUUUGGGAAUCUGGAGGGUUUAAAAGAGAACUGCAAGGUCAAGAGUGACCCAGAAGGUGAUUCUCAGGUGAAGAUGCACGUACUGCCUUCUGAAAAACAGAUCUUGACAGCAGAUGACAAGUCUGUCUGGACAGACAGAUCAGAGAAAAAUAAUUUGGAAGUGAUCAGAAAAGAGGCAGAACACCAGAUAAAGGUUUGGAAAGGAUUUCUGAUCUGUAUACCUUACGCUGCAAGCAUUGGAGGAACUGCAACCCUCACCGGCACUGCCCCUAACCUGAUCCUGGUGGGUCAGCUGAAGAGCUACUUCCCUGAAUGUGACCUCAUCAAUUUCGGCUCAUGGUUUGUCUUCGCAUUCCCGCUCAUGCUACUCUUCCUUAUCCUGGGCUGGAUCUGGAUUGCUUUCCUCUACGGGGGGCUCAAUACACGACUGUGUAUAAGUAAACAUGAUGAACGUGCAGCUGCAGAAGCUAAAGCCAAAACUGUUAUUGAUGAAGACUACAAAAAACUGGGGCCAAUAAAAUUUGCAGAAGGAUCCAUCGCUUUCUUCUUCAUUCUUUUUGCUAUCCUUUUGUUCACCCGAGAUCCAAAGUUUGUAAAAGGAUGGUCCAUUUUCUUCACCAAAGGCUAUGUAUCUGAUGCUGUUACUGGAGUCAUUAUCAUCUCCACCCUCUUUUUCUUUCCGUCCCAGCGUCCAUCUAUCCACUGGUGGUUAGAUUCGAGAGCUACAAAUACUCCAUAUGUGCCCUUGUUGUCAUGGAGAAAAGCUCAGGAGUGUGUGCCAUGGAAUAUUAUUUUGCUGCUGGGUGGUGGAUUUGCAAUGGCCAAAGGCUGUGAGGAGUCAGGGUUAGCAGUGUGGAUAGGAAGCCACUUGGAGCCUCUCGCUCAGGUUCCUCCUGCUGUCGCAGUCAUGCUUAUCACAGCCUUCAUUGCCUGCUUCACUGAGUUUGCCAGUAACACAGCCACCAUCAUUAUCUUCCUUCCCGUCAUUGCUGAACUGGCCAUCCGUGUGAAAGUCAAUCCACUGUACUUCAUGAUCCCAGCAACAAUGGGUUGCUCUUAUGCUUUCAUGCUUCCUGUGUCAACACCCCCCAACUCAAUUGCCUUUGCUUCUGGACACUUGAUGGUCAAAGAUAUGGUGAAGACUGGGUUUGUGAUGAACAUCCUGGGAAUUAUGUGUGUGUGUCUGGCCAUGAACACAUGGGGUCUUCAAAUGUUCGAUCUACACAUGUACCCUGAUUGGGCAAGACCUUUAAAUACUACCUCAGCAACUGUGCCUACAAUUACCAUACCAGCUAUGAAUAUGACGCGCUAGAGAACACACACCUACGCACACACAAACCAGCAUAUGGCCAUGUACACGGGGACUAAAAACGGUUUAAGGAACUAAAAAAAAAACUAUUUUUUUUUUUUAGCAGAACGUAAGCGACAAUGUGAUUUUCAAUUGUUCCAAAUUGAAAACGUUAUUUUUAAAUGCUUGUAACCGGUUAUAAAUGGUCAUGUAAAAAUGUUCAUGAAACCAAAGGCCAAAAGGUUUAUCACAGUAAUUUUUUGGAACUACACCACUUCAUGUUGCCUGAAUUUUUUUUAGAUUUGAGCAACUAUGUAUAAUUACCACAUAAACUGUACAUAAAUGGCUAUUUCAGAUACAAUGAAAACAUUAUUAGAGAUAAAAAGUACAUUUCUCAGUUGUUUCCAAGUCUUCACUGAAUUAUUGUUAAAUAUGAUGAAUUGAUACAGUUUUGAUGCUGCUGCAUUUUGACUGUGAAGCAGAUCUGUAAUUAAAAUGAUUCAUUACUGUUAAUUAACUGUAUGCUUGUUAUAAUUCUGUGCUGAUUAUUCCACCACACUGGGAAAAAAUAACUUAUUUUCACUUAUUUUGGUGUGGCAAGUGGCUUAUCCAGAACAUGUUGUUGUUUCUCUUGCGAGAUCUGCAACACUGUGAUUGGUAUUUCACCCACCCCUUAGGAGUACUGUCAUUUUAAAAAGAACAUUAUUAACCAUUCUUUUAUUUUGUUCUAACCAGUUACCAUUUGGAAAUUAGGCUGCGGAAUGUCUGAACCAGAACAAAAAAAUACAGUUUUUUCUCAGAAUAAACCGAAAUGAAAAACGUUUUGUUUUUAGUCCCUUCAUGUUCAUGCAUAUGCACACACUAUUCUUAUGAAGUGAAUAAAAUCCAUGUAUAUAAGACCAAGUGAAAGAUACUUUCUGUCCAGAUUCUGUACAUACUGUAGAUAUAAGACUGAAACCAAAUGGAAAAUGAACUGACAAAUUUACUGCUGUAGCUGGAGCAACAUACUUUCAUGACCUCACUUCCUGUUCAGCACUGCCCUCUUGUGCCUUGAAGGAAACUAAAGGGUGAUGUUUAAGAAGUAUAUUAGGUUAAUAAAUGGAGUUUAAAGCUGGUCUUUAAAUCUUAAAAUCUUUUAAGGAAUCCUAAGCAUCUUUUUGUAGAUUGUAAGAUUUGUUAAUCUCCAAUAUUUCCAAGUCAAAUUUGUAUCAUCUUGUGUCUAAUAUCCAUAAAUCCUAAUUAAAGGUUUGAUCAACAAAACUACAUUGAGUUAUUGG